AUGCCUGCCCUAGCUGCAGAAAACCAGGUCGUCGACGCCAUCAACCAUGGCGAGGUGACCACCGUGAUCAGCCAUGCCACCCACCCCGACCCGGAGAAGUUGAACUACGAGGUCGACACCGCGACCAUCGGCCACGACGAGGACUAUCCCGCUCCGACGGACGCGGAGCUGAGCAGCCUGCGCAAGAUCCCCGCCAACCUGCCCAUCGUGGCCUACUCGCUCUGUCUGGUCGAGUUCGCCGAGCGUGCCUCCUACUACGGUGCCCAGACGGUGUUUUCCAACUUCAUCGAAUUCCCGCUGCCCAAAGGUGGUAACGGGGCUGGUGCUCCCCCACGGGGCACGCAAGAGACCGCCGGUGCCCUGAACAUGGGACUGCAGGCGAGUGAUGCUUUGGUGCUGCUGUUCCAGUUCCUGGCCUACGUGAUUCCCAUCUUUGGAGGAUGGUGGGCCGACGUCCACAUCGGCCGGUACAAGGCGAUCUGCAUCGGGGUGGCGAUCUGCGGUGUGGCGCACAUCAUCCAGAUCAUCGGGGCGAUCCCGAGCGUCCUGCAGCAGGGCCAGUCGCACGCGGCGCCGCCGUUCAUCAUCGGGCUGCUGAUGCUGGCGUUCGGGGCGGGAGUAUUCAAGCCCAACAUCGCGCCCACGGUGCUGGACCAGUUCCGCCACCAGAAGCAGUACACCAAGACGCUCAAGUCCGGGGAGAAGGUGAUCGUCGACCCGGAGAUGACGGCGACGCGCACGAUGCUGAUCUUCUACGGGGUGGUCAACGUCGGCGCCUUCUACAUGCUGGCCACGACCUACGCCGAGAAGUACGUGGGCUACUGGCUGGCCUUCCUGCUGGCGGGCUUGGUCUACUUCAUCCUGCCGGUGGUGCUGGCCCUGGUCUACAAGAAGACCUACCGGCUGCCGCCCAGCGGGAACUCGGAGCUGGGCCAGGCCGUCAAGAUCACCAUGACGGCGCUGCGCGAGAACAAGUUCCAGGUGUGGCGCAAGAACUUCUUCGACGCCGCCAAGCCCAGCGUCCUGGCGGCCAAGGGGAUUACCGUAAGCUGGUCGGAUAAGUUGGUCGACGAUGUGCGGAGAACCCUCGUGGCCACCGAGAUCUUCUUCUACUUCCCGAUCUACAACCUGAACGACGGGGGCAUCGGCUCCGUGCUCUCGAACCAGGGCGCCUCGAUGACGACGAACGGAGCCCCCAACGACCUGCUCAACAACUUCAACGCGCUGACGAUCAUCGUGGCGGUCCCCAUCCUGAACUACGGGAUCUACCCGCUCCUGCACAAGUACAACUGCCACCCGGGGCGGAUCACGCGCAUCACGUUCGGGUUCUUCCUGGCGACGAUCGGCGGCGUGGUGGGCGCCAUCGUGCAGUACCGCGUCUACAAGACCUCGCCGUGCGGCUACUACGCCUCCUCGUGCGCGACGGGCGUCUCCCCCAUCAGCAUCUGGUGGCAGCUGCCCAACACCAUCCUGUCCGCGCUGUCCGAGAUCUUCUGCAACGUCACCGCGUACGAGCUGGCCUACGCGCGCUCGCCGGCCAGCAUGCGCGGCCUCGUCAUGGCCGUCUUCCUGUUCAUGACCGCGCUGAGCAGCGCGCUCGGCGAGAUCCUCGUCCCCGUGACCGAGGACCCCUAUCUUAUUUGGAUCUGGGCCGCGCCGGCGAUUGCGUUGGCUGUGCAGGGCGUCUUGUUCUGGUUCCGGUUCAAGCAUCUCAAUAAUGACCAGUUCAUGACGGAUGAGAAGGAUUACGAGGGGGAGGAGGUGGAGGGGGCGCGCAGUGAGCCGAGUGUUGUCGGGGAGGAGAAGGAGGUCGUGAAGAGUGGGUAG